AUGAGUGACGUGAAAGAUGAAGACAAAGCUGAGGGUGACCAAAGUAUUGAGCAGCAGCAAGCGUCACCAAAAGUGGUCAAUACUGACAUUCCAAUGACAUUUGUGGAGACAGAUCACAGUUCACUAGAACACUGCAAGAAAAAUGAGGGCAAUGAAGCAAAGGAAGGUGACCAGCCAAAACAGGAUGAGAUGAUAAAUACUGUGCGUCUGGUAGGUGAGCCACUGGUCACACAUGGUCCAUACACGUUUUACAGUGCAUUAGCGUAUCGCAAACGCGAUGAUGUAACAAAAAAGAAGAGACGGCGGUGGAAAAAGCCAAUAACAGGGGUGGAUGAUGAAAGUGAUAAUGCUGCCGAAUCUUAUGAUUCAUCAUCGUCAUGUUGCUGUGCCAAUAAUGAUACCGGAAAUGAUUUGUGUUUCUGCGACAAUGGUUCGUCGUCAUCAAGGUCUUCGUCAUCCUCUCGUUCUGAAUGGUCUGUUGUACACAUGAAUCAUUUUUACGCAGUUCGCCCAUGGUAUAGCAAGAAAAACAGCAGUAGUAGUGACGGGCGGCAGCAGAGACGUCAUCGAGAAAACUCACCGAAAUUGACUAAAACAACUACUGCUGCAGCAGAGAGGCAACAGCAUCACUAUCAGCAAUCGGUGUGUAUUGGUGAACUGGAGUUAUUAUGGCGUGAUGACAGUGUGGUAACGUCAUCAACAGCUCUGUCGGCUUCUUCACAGCUCAAGAAACGUAAUAGUAACAGAAUUGUGCCACCUGCACUGUUAAAUGUGGAAUCAAAUGACGGGGAUGAUGGAACAGAUCCUAUGACAAGUAGUAGCAACAUCCAUGGCGAUGCUGUUGCCAGUUCAGAUGAAGACGACGGUGUUAGUGGUGGAUUUGACGAUGAUUCAUCAUCAUUAUUGCCACGCCGUCGCACUUUGCCUAGACGCACUCGUCAGCCGUCGGCUAAGAAACUUGAGGCUGCAGAAUCUUAUGCCGCAGUGGCAGCUGCAGCAGCGUCAGAUAACCAUCACUCGUCACAGUCACCAUACAACCGCAAUCGCUUAUCCACGGCUGCACCGUCAGACCCCACCUCUGUGAGUGUUCCACUUUUAUCACCAGAUGCUCAGUAUAGUCAUGGAAACCUACUGUGCAGUGUUCGGUUAUAUGUGAUGCCUGAUCAGACAGCUACCGGCCGGCUUGGUGGUGUACAUGGUGAGGAUGAAGUGUUAGAGAUCAACACUUGGAGUACCAGUGGUGGUGCAGAAAGAUGGCCGAGUAACAUAUUGACUAAUGGCAACAGUGGUGUAGGAUCUAUCUACAACGGUAGUGGUAGCGUUGACGAUUAUGGUUAUGGUAGUGGAAGUCAUUCGUCAGGAACAUCGCCGUCUGGCUGUUCGGGAUUAGUAUUGCGGGCUGAAGAUUUUAUCGAGUGGGUUCGUGGUGGACUGAUGAACGAUGAUGAAAAUGAAGACACAGAGUCUGAUGAUGAUUCAUUAGAAUUAGAUUGUGAUGAUAACAGCACUAAUGACCGAAAAUGCAAUAGAAUAGAAACUUCAAAACCUAAGGAUGAGCAACUGUCAUCUUUAGUAACGGACACAAUGGCUGAUGUAAAACAAUGUAAGGAAGAGAUAUUAAAUACUUUGAAUGAUGAUAAUAACAGCAAAAUGAAAAUAGAAUCUACCCUGAUCAAAGAUGAAGUGAUAACAGAAAAUUUACUUUCUGAAAAUCCAGAAAAAGAGAAAAAGGAACAAGAAGAACUAACUGUAACUGUUGAUUUUGGUAUUGCUGAUACUAUUGAUGAGGCUGUAGAAGCCGAACAUGUUCCCUUAGCUGCAGCUAGAAUUCACAAAGAACAGUGUGAACGUGUUACUGACCGUCAUCGACGCUGUCGUCGUCAUCGCUUAAAUCAGAGGUCAUUGGUAAAUGGUGAUAGCACUAGUACUGUCGCUAAGGAAAACGAUCAUCGCGAUUAUAAUGUAUCAGCAGUGACAAAUAAAGUUGAAAAAAAACAGGACAAUGAUAAAAAGUGUUGCUGUUAUUGUUGUAAACGCCGUCGUCAAAAUUACCAACAUAAUGAAAAAAGAACAAUAAACAAUGUCAGUGUGGGUAAUAGUAUUAAACAACGAUUGGUGGUGAUGAGCUACUCUCGAUACUGCCGAUAUAGAGCACAAUUGCAACGUAAGUGUGAACAGCAGUUCAGCCAGGGAAAUGCCCCUGUUGUGACAGCUGAUGAUAAAGAAAAGUUGAUGACAACCACAAACCGUGGAGAAGAUUCAAUGACCAGAGUGUUAUUUUGUCGAGACACGUAUGAUUAUCCAGCAGAACUUCUGUUGGAGCCUUUUAAUGCACAACAAAACCAUCAGCAACACACGACAGUUUUGGUAAACCACAUGGCGCCUAAACUCAAAGGCUGGCCUUCUUAUCCAGCAUCCUGGAUGUCAUUCCGAUGGAACCGAGUGCGUCGUCGGUUACGUCACCUUGAGCGUAGUGGUGAUAGCAAUGAUGACCGACGUAGGCGUCAUCGACGUCGAAAGCUUAAGAAGAAAUGUAGUCGACAACAAAUUGGAGCCAGCGGGGCGACUGUGGGAAUGAAUUAUUCGUCAUCAACUGAUGACAACGAUUCUGACGAUUCUGAUUCCGAUGAUGAGUCUUCUGCUACAAAUGAUGCUUCCACUAAUACCACUACCGACACAUCAACUUCAGAUUCGGAUAGUGCACCAUCGCCAUCAACAGUAGUGUCUAAAACUGCCAAUAAGAAUAAUUCUACCACAAAAGUGAACAUUCAUCACACUAACAAAAAAACUAUCUCUACAUCAUCUACUGGAAACAUGGUUGUAAUUAACGGUGCUACUACUGUAUCUGCAGCUAUGAUUAACAAGCGGCCGGCUAUGGCUGUUGGGCAAUCGGGUCAGCAACAACUAACCAAACGUCGCCGCGUGGUUUAUACCACUGAACAACUUCAGAAAAUACAUCCGCAACAAUCGCGAGUAAAUUACCAACAGCAGCAACCACAUCCAAGACCUAGACAGCAACAGCAGCAGUCUAGUCAUCGAUUUAGACAAUUGGAGCAAUUAAAUCAACUUAGUCAAUCUCAGCGUCAACAACACAUCCUCGCUCAGCAACAACAACAAAGACUACAGCCGUUAAACAGACGUCUGCCACCACCUAUUUCGUCUCUACAAUCUUCAACGACUAGAAUAAUACAUCAUCACUUGCCACCUUCGGUAUCUAUUAUGCCAGUCAUAGUCCCCACUACUAAUAGUUCUCCUCAUCAACAACUACAACGAUUCAAUAAUCGAUUGCAAAACCGGCAAAAAAUACAUGCUACUGCUACAGUUUUACCCGUCACUUCCCAGCGAAGAAAUAAUAACAUUGAACGACAACAAACGCCACUUCCACCUGUCAUAAUAGAAUAUGACGAUGACGAUAAUAACCAAGAGUAUGGAUCUGACGAUAAUGGUCGAUACAAAAAAUCAACAGUGGCAGCUAUGGUGGCUUGCCAAAGACGUGUUUCACGACAAAAUUUUAAUGAUGAGCAAAGACAACAGCGAGAAGAUGAAGAAAGGCAGCGUCGAUGGCUAGUAGAUGCUUUGCGAUUGGGUGGAUUGGAAGUUACAGCAGUACCUUUAAAUACAAGUGCUGGUAGUGGAAACAGCGUUGGAAAAGAUGCUAGUUCUGCAGUAACUUCACAACAACGUCGGCGGCGUAAUGUUUCAUUGUGGUCCGCCAAGAACGAAGAUUACAACGGUGGCAUUCAGAACAAACCAUGUCACGGUGGUACUGACGAUGACUCAAAUGUAGAUUCAGACUCAGAUUCUGUAAUGAUGACCGUGACGCCUGAUGUUGUAUGCCUAUUGAACAAGUCUCAGCAACAUGAACAACAAAUACCUCAUCAAAGACAGACAUGUGGAAGUAGUUCCACAACAACAACCUCUGUUACAAUGAGUCAUAAUCAUCAACAGCGACGGCGGUCAGCUAACAUGAACAACAGUAGCAUUGGUGGCCAGCAGCAUACUGCAGCAGCGGCAGCAGCAGCGUUACAUGACAAAAUAAAUCGUGCUAUUAAUUCACUGAAACUGCAACAGCAGCAACAAAUGCCGAACAAAGACACACAAGUCAGUAAUAACAGUAACAAUGUAUUAUUAACCGGUGGAGCUAAUCAUGGCAAUCCUAUUGGUGAUAAUAGUAAUAGGCAACAUCAAAAAUUGCGCAAAAAUGGUGGUGUAGUCCAGCAACAGCAGACAGCAGCCCUUCUAGAUCUUUCUGUUAAGCCAUCAACGUUACAGAACACCUCAAGGCAACAGAGAUCAAUGUCAACAGUCGUUAACAGCAAUCUACAAAAUCAGCAAAACCGAAAAGGUCUAAUACCAUUCCAUUCUACUACCACUUCAGGACCUUCAACUUCCUCAACUAACCUAGAAAUUACAAUUGUACCUGCCACAACUUCAGCUACAUCUAACUCGUUGAGGCUUCUAUCACAGCAGCAACAUAAACGUAGUUUGUCAACAGCAACACAUAAUAGUGGCGGUUCUGCUUCUAGUUCUUCUGCUCCAAUGACGGUUAGGCAACAACUACAACGUCGGAAUUCAACUGUGGUCCCAACAGCUACAGCACCAGCAUCCAUUGUAGACAUGUUAUGUGGAAGCAGAAGUCGAAACCUCCAACAACGUAAUGGUAGUAGUAUGUCUGUAACAGCAACAUCUACUAUUACUACUACUACUUCUUCUUCUACUACUACUUCUUCUUCUUCUACUACUACUUCUUCUUCUACUACUACUCCUUCUUUGCAGCAAAACCAACAGCAACAAAUGUUCAUAAUAGCUGCUACUGCAAUGGCUGCUCAACAACAACAGAAAACUGAUAAGCGUAAGUCACAACAAAAUAAAAAAGAUUAA